AUGAAGCUCCUAAGCAACGUCUCGUCGCUAUUUUGCCUUCUGUUGGCACUCACAGUCCCGGGAUAUUCAUACCCUACCGCAGUCAACAUCACCGCGGAGGACUUCAUGGAACUGCAAGAGAUACGAGUCAGGGCUGACGGCACCCUCUACAACACGGGUAUCACAGAUAUAAACUUUGUCAUCACCCAAAAGGGUGGAACGCUUGUAGCCUGUGAUACCCCCGACUCAUCCACAGGGACCGGAUACUCAGUUGAACUGGGCUGGAGUCUGUCUAUAGGCCUAGAUGCCGAGUUUGAUUCCGUUGGACUCGAUAUUUCGGAGAGCCAGACCUACUCGGUUAGCAACACAUUUUCGUGCAAUAACGUCGCCGAUGAAAAAGGGGAUAUUUGCGUUCUCUUCUACCAAGCUGUCACAGCGUUUACUGUACAGGUGACCGAGGUGCUGGAAUGUGCCUGCGGGCCCACGUCUACCAUUGACCGUGGGACAGCUAUUGUUUAUGCCCCUAACGCGGAUCAAGUCGGUAGCAUAGCAGGAAGAGGAAUCAAUGUGAUCCAAAACGGUGUCCAGCAGUGUGUUGGUGACUCUGACCGAACAAUCAACUACUACUGUGGACCCCCUGGAACGCCAGGCUGGUGGGAUGGUAGAGGUGAAGGCCCCUGGAUCGAGGACUAUGUGAAUGCACGGGAGCCCGCUGGUUGUGAUAUUCCAAUUGAGGCUAAUAGGUAUAGUGACUGA